AUGACAUUAAAAAAAACAUGGGAUACAAUAAAAGAAUUAAUAAAGAAAAAACCCCACAGAUCACAGCUUCCAACAUCAUUUCUAUGUAAUAACAAGUACAUAAAUAAUCCUAAAGAAAUUGCCAACAAUUUUAAUGAAUUUUUCAGUAAUAUUGGCCCAAAUCUAGCAAAACAGUUCGACAAAAAUUCAAAUGAUUUUAAGAAAUAUUUAAAUACAAACUAUGUAAAUUCGGUGUUUAUAACUGAAAUUAAAACAUCAGAAGUGUUAGAAAUAAUGCGUCAACUAAAACCAAAUAAAAGUCAUGGUUAUGAUGAGAUUCAUCCAAGAGUAAUUAAAGAAAUAGCUCCCCAGAUUAGUACUGUGCUUUGCCAUAUAUUUAAUUUAACAUUUAAAACAGGGAUCAUUCCCAAAGGACUAAAAAUAUCUCUAAUAACACCCAUCUUUAAAGCUGGAAGUAACGAAGAAUUCAACAACUAUCGACCAAUAUCAGUAAGGCUUAUGAAUUACAUUGAAAAAAAUCAUAUUUUGCAUAAUAAUCAAUAUGGAUUUAGACGUAAUCGAUCAAACACGAUGGCAAUUAUACAUUUAACUGAAAAAAUAAAAAGAACAAUUGAAAACAAUGAAUUUACAAUAGGAAUAUUUCUGGACCUGUCAAAAGCAUUUGACACUGUAAAUCAUAAUAUUCGGUUACAAAAAUUAGAGUCUUAUGGAACAAGGGGGAUAUUGAGGAAAUGGUUUCAAAGCUAUUUAACAGAUCGAGAACAGAUUGUAAAAUAUAAUAAG